ACGUCCGCUCGUUACCAUUACCGUGAUUAACCGUCUUAAGCCGCUGCUUCAUUGUUUCAUAGCCCUUGCGCACCCCUGAAUUUCUUGCCGAUCUUUAUGAACAAAUAUGCGAUUACGAAGCCGCGUCUCCUUCGAGUUGCUGGGUCACUUGGUCACGUUGCUGACGUUGCUGACGCGGCUGCGUGCGUGUCGCUGGUUCCCGUGGAGCGUUUGCGGGCGGUAUCAGCAACAAACAGCAGUGAUGUGAGGCAAAAUAUUGUAGACAGAAAUGCGCAGUUAGGCACGUUGACGUGCUCUAGGCGUGCUACGUACAACUACUCAAGCACAAGUUGUUCAGUAUUUCGGCAUUUGCGCUUUGACAUGAUGAAACAGUUUCCUUGGACCGCAGCCGCGACGAAAGCGCUGAUCCUGUUUUUUCGUGACCAUGAGAACUUGUACAAUCCGGAACACAAAAUGUACAAGAACCGAAUGAUUCGUGACAAGCAUUUGGGAACCAUUUCUGCAAUAAUUGGUUGCACGCCCGAGGAAGCGAAAGCGCGGUUUCGAAACCUGAGGACGUACUUCUUCCGCGAAAACCAGAAAGUAAACGCUUCGAAAUCUUCUGCAGCCGGUGCCGCUUGCGGUGAGACUUACUGCUCCCAGUGGGAGUUUUUCGAAGACCUGACGUUCCUGCGCAGUUGCCACCACCCUCGCAGUCAUGCUGCCACUGGACCUAAUAACGUUCCCCAAGGAGUCGACGAAACUGAUCCCAUAAUGGUAACGGACGAAGCCAGUAACGAGGCUGACGCCGUCGCUGAAGCUGGCGACGGUAGUGGAGAGCCAGGAGUUUCGCCGGAAGACGAUGAUGCGUAUGACGGCGAGAGUAGUCACGCUGCCGAAGUUUUAGCCGUUCUGUCGCAGGAGCCGCCGCUAAAAAAGUGGAGGAGGCAGUUUGAGGUGGCGGAACACUUCAGAAGAGAGGACCGGGAACCUCCUCAAUCGGCGCCCUGCCGGCAGGUCUCGACGAACGACGGCCCCAAGGACGAAAAUUACUACUUUGCCAUGAUGAUUGCUCAAGAGCUUCGUCACCUGGAGCCGAUAAGGAGGGACAUGCUGAAACUCAGGUUGUUGGAAACGGUGUUGCAGGCCAAGCAUAACGUCAUGUUUGAGAGGUCAGCUUCUGCCGGCUUAAGCCCGCAUGGUUGAUUGGUGACAGCGACCGUAACAUUUUUCGCUACGGUAUUUGCGGGGUCGAGACGCACUGUUUGUAGAGCCGUUUUUGCGGUGAAGGAUGCUUGUACACAAUUUUGUUUCUUAAUAAGAAAGCAUUACAUGCCCCA